AAGUUUUAGUCGAAUUGCAAAUAUUUGCUCCAAACAAUCUUCCGCUCAAUCCUCGUCGUCAACAAAUUCACCGACGCGGGAGAUCUAUAAACUACCGCACCACCAUAGUUGACAAUCUAGGCUUCAAAUUGGCAUGAACUUAACGCCGAUUAUAUUCUAUACACACAAAUAAUACACAAGGGGGAGUGAUCUGUGUUUCAAGUAUGGGAGUGAAAUAUGCAUUUCAGUUGAUUCUUAUGCUCGCUUUGCUUUUCAAUGUCGCUCUCUGCAAAACGAUCAAGCGUGAUGUGAAAGCUCUUAAUGAAAUUAAAGCAUCUCUUGGGUGGAGGGUGGUGUAUUCCUGGGUCGGAGAUGAUCCUUGUGGGGAUGGGGGUUUACCUCCUUGGUCCGGUGUCACUUGUACUACUCAGGGUGAUUACAGAGUAGUUACUGCAUUGGAAGUUUAUGCAGUCUCUAUUGUUGGGCCUUUUCCUACUGCAGUCACCAAUUUGUUGGAUCUUACAAGGCUGUCUGCGAUUGGCGUGUAUCAAAACUCUUGAGCCGGUGCUUUGGUUAGGGAGGAAGAGUAUUGUCGGUCUGAUAAUUUUGAUCACUAUUUCCAAUUCAGGUUUGUAAGUUUCUACUUUACCUAAUUGAUGGAUUGUAUUAAUAUUGUGCCAAAUCAGUUAUAUCAAGGUCAUGGAUAACAUGUUCAAAUUUGGCAGCCUUUUUUAAGUUUUUAGAGACAAACAAGUAUUGGUACAUUUAUAAAGUAAUUUUGUUAAUUUGUAAUUAAAUAGUUGAGUUCAUCGUGUCCUCAAUCUUGAUGGUCUGUCGGCUACUAAAUGAUCUCAUACAAUAGGAAAGAGUAUGCAUGUGAAAUCAGUAUACAUGGUCUCUCGUGAAAUAGAGUAAUGGACGCCUACAAAGAAAAUACUCGGUUCCGGUCCUGUGGACCAUUGUAUAUAUAAUUUAAGUUUAUUGUUAAUGCUUGAGAAUGAGAUAACGGAAGCUGUGGUAAUAUUCAGGAAUUAUAAACUCUCAGAAAUAAAAAUAUGGAUAUCUUGAUGGUGAAGAAGCUGUGCAAUGAGGGAAAGUCGAACCGGUCAUCACUCUGUAUGAUAUAGUUUUAGAAUAAAGUAUAAACACAUCCCAAAAAACAGGGCUUACGGGUUUUUGAUGUUGUGCCUUAUUGACACCGUAUCUUCUUCGGCAACAAAUAACCACUCUGUAGCAGUGGAGAUCUAAAUGGCUACAUACCUAGAAUUUUACUAAGUUUCUUUUCUAUAAAAAAGUACAGGUUUUCGAUAUUCUUUUGCUUGAUUUGAAAAGAUCUCAUUUAAGGUUAAUCAUGAUCGUAGUGUGAAUUGAUAGAGAAGAACCGUAAAAUCUUUGUAUCGCACAGAUUAAUGAAUGCCUAUUUUAAAAUUUAGGUCUUUAUCACUUAAUUCACAAGAAUCAAGGAGCAUGAUUUGGCUUAAUGUUUUCUCUAUAAAUUGCAUGAUGUCGACAAAUAAUUUGUUAAUCACAGUUUGUCAUAUUAAAAAUAAAUAAAUUAUAAUUGGUGAAAACUUUGCUAGAUAUUAUAUAUUACAAAGUAGCAGACUUUGUGUCUUAUUAUGCAAUAUUUGUGUGCUUAAACUCCAGCUAUGUGCAAUUUAGUGGGCAGAUCUUUCACUAUAUAUAAUUAGAUAACUAAAUAAUUGGCAUGAGUGUUUCCCCUUACUUGGUGUGUUUUUGACUUGCUUUUAGCACUUUGAAAGUUAAGUAGUUAGUUGAAGUGUAUAUAAUACAGGCCAGGAAGUGUGGCUUUGUGGCCCCUCUCGUUUGUCACCCUUUAUUUGUUAUAAUAAAUGCCAUAUAAAUUGUAUUUGUG